CACCCUUCUCCCUCCCCUUCUCGGAGCCGAGUGCUGUUUUUGUUGUUGGUGAAAGGUGAGGGGACAGCUGAUCCGUCUGUGGGGAGGGCAGCCAUCUCAGGGCCAGAAUGGAAGAAUCAUCGCUAAGCCGGGCACCAUCCCGGGGUGGAGUCAACUUUCUGAAUGUAGCCCGGACCUACAUCCCCAACACCAAGGUGGAGUGUCACUACACGCUCCCCCCAGGCACUGUGCCCAGUGCCAGCGACUGGAUUGGCAUCUUCAAGGUGGAGGCUGCCUGUGUCCGGGAUUACCACACGUUUGUGUGGUCUUCGGUGCCUGAAAGUGCAACUGAUGGUUCCCCCAUCCAUGCCAGUGUCCAGUUCCAAGCCAGCUACCUGCCCAAACCCGGAGCCCAGCUCUACCAGUUCCGGUACGUGAACCGCCAGGGCCGGGUGUGUGGGCAGAGCCCCCCUUUCCAGUUCCGAGAGCCACGGCCCAUGGAUGAACUGGUGACCCUGGAGGAGACUGACGGCGGCUCUGACAUCCUGCUGGUUGUUCCCAAGGCAACUGUGCUGCAGAACCAGCUGGAUGAGAGCCAGCAAGAGAGGAAUGACCUGAUGCAGCUGAAGCUGCAGCUGGAGGGGCAGGUGACAGAGCUGAGGAGCCGAGUACAGGAGCUCGAGACGGCUCUGGCAUCCUCCAGGCAGGAGCACGUGGCACUGAAGGAGCAGUACAAGGGGCUUUCCCGGUCCCACGGGGAGCUCACAGAAGAGAGGGACGUCCUGAGCCGGCAACAGGGAGACCACGUGGCCCGCAUCCUGGAGCUGGAGGAUGACAUCCAGACUAUCAGUGAGAAGGUGCUGACGAAAGAGGUGGAGCUGGACAGGGUUAGAGACACAGUGAAGGCCCUGACUCGGGAACAAGAGAAGCUCCUUGGGCAGCUGAAGGAAGUGCAGGCAGACAAGGAGCAAAGCGAGGCUGAGCUCCAGGUGGCACAGCAGGAGAACUGUCGCUUGAAUUUGGAGCUACAGGAGGCCAGGGGCCGGCAGGAGGAGCAGAGUGCUCAGGCCCAGCGACUGAAGGACAAGAUGGCCCAGAUGAAGGACACCCUCGGCCAGGCCCAGCAGCGGGUGGCUGAGCUGGAGCCCCUGAAGGAGCAGCUUCGAGGGGCCCAGGAGCUUGCAGCCUCGAGCCAGCAGAAAGCCGCCCUUCUUGGGGAGGAGCUGGCCAGCGCAGCAGGAGCCAGGGACCGCACCAUAGCCGAGCUGCACCGCAGCCGCCUGGAAGUGGCUGGAGUCAACGGCAGGCUGGCUGAGCUCAGUCUGCACUUGAAGGAGGAAAAAAGCCAGUGGAGCAAGGAGCGGGCGGGGCUGCUGCAGAGUAUGGAGGCCGAGAAGGACAAGAUCCUAAAGCUGAGUGCAGAGAUACUUCGACUGGAAAAGGCAGUACAGGAGGAGAAGACCCAGAACCAAGUGUUCAAGACUGAACUGGCCCAGGAAAAGGACUCUAGCCUGGUGAGGCGCCCGGCCACCCGAGAGUCCCGGGCCCAGGCCUCCUGAGGCAUCAGUGCCCCUUCCCUCUGUCUUGGCUGUGGGCUCAG